AUGGAUCCCGAGGACACCACCCCGCCGGCGCCGAGCCAAGGGGAUGCGGAGACAACUCCGCCGCCGGUGCUGGAAGUGGCGGCGGGGGAAGACAGCCUAGCUAGCGGGGGCGAGGAGGCCGAGCGGGCCCACGAGGAGAAAGAGGAGCUCGCGCGGGAGGUCAUGGAGCUCGGCCUCCAGAACGAGUACCUUAGGUCCCAGAUUACUGGGGCCCGGCCGGUGGGUGACGCGGACGAGGGACCGGAGCUCGCUAGGGGCUUGAAGGAGCAGGUGGAGAGGCUGAGCAGGGAGGUGCAGGAGCAGCGGCUGACGCGGGAGGCCACGGAGAAGGCCCUGGAGCACGUCAACGUGGCCUACGCCGAGGCCGACGGCAAGGUGCAGGAGCUCACCGCCAAGCUCGCACAAGCUGAACAAAAAAUGGAAAAGGAACUAAAAGAAUGCGGCGACAAAUAUGUUGAGCUGGAUACCAAGUUUCAGAGGCUUCACAAGCGUGCAAAACAACGUAUACAAGAUAUACAAAAGGAAAAAGAUGACCUGGAAGCUCGGUUUAAUGAAGUUAAUCAGAAGGCUGAGCAGGCUGCUUCUCUGCAAUUAGCAGCACAGCAGGAACUGGAACGUGCUCGUCAGCAGGCUAGUGAGGCCUUAAGGUCAAUGGAUGCUGAAAGGCAGCAGUUGCGGACAGUGAACAGCAAGUUGAGGGCUAACCUCGAUGAGACACGUCUUGCCUUGGAGGCCAGAAACAAUUCUCUUGAGAAACUGCAACAAUCAGUGCUUGAGAAAGAGCAGUUGCUAGAGAAAGUUCAAGGAUCCCUUCAAUCGGCUGAAGAUAAGAGGAUGGCAAUAGUUUCAGAGCUCACUGCUAAGCAUCAGAAGCAAAUAGAAAGCUUGCAGGCGCAGCUAGCUGAAGUUUCUGCAGAAAGGACGAAGGCAUCUGAAACCAUACAGUCUCUACAGGUGGUAUUAACGGAGAAAGACUCAAAAAUAGCUGAAAUCGAAGCAGCAUCAACAGGUGAAGCUGCCCGGCUUAGAGCUGCUUUGGAGGAGGUUAAAGGGGAGCUUGCUCAUCUAAAGGAUGAACAUGAAAAAGAAAGGCAAAGCUGGGAGGCUACUUGUGAAUCUCUUAGGUCAAAGCUGGAAGCAUCAGAAAAUGCAUGCCUUAGAUCUGAAAAAGAAUCCGCCAAAGUUAAAAGUCAAUUGGAAUUAGAGUUGUCAGCACGAAAUCAAUUGUUACAAACCAAAGAUUCUGAUCUAACGGCUGCAAAACAUGAGAUUAGUCGACUGGAAAGUGAAUUUUCUGCAUACAAGGUCCGGGCACAUGCACUUCUGCAAAAGAAGGAUGCUGAGCUUACUGCAGCUAAAAGUUCAGAUUUGAUUAAAGAACAUGAAGAGGCCAUAAGGGAAGCUGAAAAGGAGGUGGCAGCCGCUUUAGCAGAAAGAGAUAAAGCAAUCGAUGAUCUCCAAAAAGCACAAUCCAGACAUGGUGAUGAAAUUGAGGCAAGAGAUAAGGCUCUUGCUGAUGCUGAGAAAAAGCUAAAGGAUGUAAUGAAGAAGUUAGAUUCUGUUACUUCUAAUUUCAUCUCAGAAAAAGAAUCCUGGGAGAAAAACUUGGCGAAUGUAGAGGAAAGCUGGAGAUUGAAAUGUGAGUCUUUGAAGGCUCAGAGCAAUGGCCAUGUUGCCGAUGAACUUCAAAAGAAUUUAGGAGAGUUGACACUAAAAUAUGAGAAACUGAAGGAAGAGCAUCAAUCAUUCCGUGAUAUUGCUGAUAGAAUGAUUGAAGACAAGGAACGAGAGAUAGCUAAACUCCUCAAAGAAAACAGGGACCUUCACCAGUCUUUAGAUUUUAGACCAGCAGUUAGCAACAAUGAUUAUCAAAGUCAAGGACCUGUUAAGGAUUCAAUGAGUGUUGAAUUGGCUGAGCAACAAAUUUUGCUUCUCGCACGACAACAAGCACAACGAGAAGAGGAAUUGGCUCAGUCACAGAGGCAUAUCUUAGCGCUUCAACAAGAAAUUGAAGAGCUCGAGCGUGAAAAUUGUCUCCAUGAUCAACAGGAAGCAAUGUUGAAAACCGAGCUUCGGAAUAUGGAGAGAUCACAAAAGCGAGAAGGAAUAGAUAUGACAUAUCUCAAAAAUGUGAUUCUAAAGCUUCUUGAAACAGGGGAAGUGGGGGCGUUGUUACCUGUGGUUGGGACGUUACUACAGUUUAGUCCUGACGAGCUCAAGAAGUGCCAGCAAGGUGUCCUUUCAAGUGUGGCUUCUUCACAAGCUGCUGCAGUGUCAGAUGGCACAACCACACCGAAUUCAUUCUUUGCAAGAUUCUCAUUCUAA